AUGAGUCAUCUACUCUGGAAGCACUACUGGGAAAACGAUGUCGACAAAUUCCGUCGACUGCUGGCCCCGGCCGGCUAUACCCAGACUCUAUCCAAGAGAGCAGCUGCAGGAGUAGGCAGCCCAGGUGCACUUGGAAGUUCGCCACGAGCCGUCGUGAAGUCGCGCAAGUCGUCCGGCUUCGGCGCAGGCUUUGGCGGGCCCAAGAAUGCCGGUAACAACCUAGGGAAGGCCGAAGUCAAUAGUCGCGAUCACUCGGGUCUGACGAUACUGCUCCGAGCCGCUUCGUCCACGUCAUCGAACGCCGUCGAUUUCGUCCAAGCCCUUCUCGACCACCCUGCGAUCGAUCUCUACGUUCAAGACCCUGAGAGUGGCUGGAAUGCGCUUCACAGGGCGCUUUACAAUGGGAACAUCUCCAUCGCUAGGGUGCUGCUCGGGAAGGAGCGCAGGGACUUGACUGAAUCGCUGGCGGGAAUUGCCAUCGCAAGAGUCGGGCAGUUGAUUAAGACGAAGGACCACGAGGGUAACAGUCCGUUUGACGUUUACAAUGCCACCAUUGCGCUUCGUUCUCUGAAAGUCUCCGAGGAUGGUGCGAACUCGGAUGAUGAGGCGGAACCUGACGAAGGCGCGGGAAGUGAUGACCUCCGGCAUCACACCAAGUCUUCAGGCCUCGGCGAAGAAGUCUUCACCUUCGGGAGCAACAAGAACUUCUCACUUGGUCUUGGUGACGAAGACGAUCGGCAAUUUCCCGAGCGCAUCUUCUUGAAACGACCUGACCACUUGGUACAUUACUUCCAUGACCAGUAUCUCCAGGGACAGAGACGCCAGCCAGGAAUGGGUGAUUCAAUCUCGCGCGACAUCUGGGAGGUCCCCGCUUUGAUACGGAAUCGGCCCUUGAUCAUUCAAGAUGUCGUGCUCUCUAAACUGCAUAGCGCUAUUCUCACCACCGACCCGAUAUCCAACCUGUACAUAUGUGGCAUAGGGCGUGGCGGUCGCCUUGGUCUGGGGGACGAAAACACCAGAUUCAGCUUCAUGCCCGUCCAGGGUGGGCUGCUCGAUAGGAAAGUGACACAGGUCGCACUUGGACAGAAUCAUUCCAUGGCGAUAACCAGUAGCGGAGAGCUGUGGACCUGGGGCUCGAAUACAUACUCACAAUUGGGAUUUGUAUUGCCGGCUCCUCUCAAGCCUGACGAGGAGCCCAUCAGUACUACGCCUCGGCAGGUGUUUGGACCAUUGAAGAAGGAGAUCGUGCUUGGAGCUGCCGCCUCUUCAAUUCAUUCGGUGGCCCAUACCGGAUCUUCCUUGUUCUGCUGGGGAAAGAACAUCGGGCAACUCGCCUUGAUGGAUGCGGAUUCGAGAUCUCUAGAGGUCCAGACCAAUCCCAGAAAGGUUGCUGCAGCGCGACUGCGGGUUCACUCGUCGAUCAUCAUGGUAUCUGCCAUUGAUAAAGCAACUUGCUGUCUUUUCGAGGAUCGUGCUGUCUGUGUCUUUACCAGUUAUGGGUAUAACAUGAUCAGCUUCCCGUUCUCAGAUGGGUUUACUACUUCCACUAGACGACUGUCUAGGCAGUUCUCCUCUUUCGCCCCGGAUUAUUUUAAGCGUCUGGAAAGAACUAUUCAUCAAAUCACGUCAGGUGGAGACACAAUAGCGGCAGUCACAGGAAGCGGAGAUCUCUUCACGAUGCAGCUAAACCAUAUUUCUGACGGCAACCACCUGUCUUCGACCACGAACCCAGCCAAGAUCAAGGAUGCGAUAACUACGCCGAAAUGCAUCUGGAGCUCUGGGAAAGAUGGCGUCAAAUGUGCCAGUGUAGGAGAGAACGGUGCCGUCAUCAUCUCCACACAGUCGGGCGCUGUCUGGCGACGUGUCAAACGCACAAAGGCCAAAGACACCAAAACGCCUGGGAUGUCAGAUUCCAAGCGGAAAGACUUCAAGUUUCAGCGUGUUCCGUACAUCACAGACGUAGUAGCGGUCAGUAGUUCGAUAUUCGGAGCAUAUGCCGCGGUCCGAAAGGACUGCGAUGUUGCACGAGAUCAGCUCGAAGUCGAUGAGCCUACAUUCUGGCAAGAUUUGGCUCCCUUGCUCCCACUCCAGGAUUUGAGGGCGCAGAACUCCAAGGCCAGAGAGAACAAGGACACCUGGAAAUUUCAGAACCCAGAUGUACUGAAAGGACGAGUCGACGACUUGGCUUUUGAAGUGUUGACGUCGACUAACCUCGAAGAGGAUCUGGGGACCCAUCUGAGGAAUUGGAGUUUCGCUAACGAGGGUCUUGGUACGGCCAUCCGUACGGCUUCCAAUCCAGAGCUUGUGGUGCCGAUUCACUCGUGGGUCCUGUCAGCAAGGAGUUCCCUGUUUUGCGCUGGACUACAGCGUUUCCGAGAUACUGGAAACUACGAAGUCCCGGAACUCCUCACGAUCAGUGAGGAGCAGGGCGUGAUCGUCAUCGAGCUCACUGGCAGUAUUGAUCUGAUCACCUUAUUGAACCUGGUCGUUUACAUGUACACCGAUCGUGUCAUACCAGCCUGGAAUUUCACUAGGCAGUCGCCACCAUUGGCCUACCGGUAUCGACAAAUUCGCACAGAACUCAUGAAGCUUGCUACACGUCUUGGCAUGGCCAAACUCGAAGCUGCAGCACGGACUCAGAGCUCACCAGCCCGCUCCAUGAAUGAAGAUUUUAGGAGGGCAAUUGAAGACACUGCCUUCUUCGAGGAUGGUGAUGCACUCCUCGAACUAGAUGGCGACGACAUUCCAGUCCAUAGUGCUCUCCUUUGCGAAAGAUGUCCUUGGUUUCAUGGUCUCUUCAAUGGCCGUUCCGGUGGAAAGUGGUUGGAGAGUCGUCGCGCUGCACUAGAGGACUCUGAUCGUGUCAACAUUGACUUGCAACAUAUGGAUCCAGAAGCAUUCCACUAUGUACUUCAGUACUUGUACGCGGAUGUUGGCGAGGACCUCUUCGACACCGUAGUUGCUGACAGCAUCGACGACUUUUCCGAGUUGGUCAUGGAUGUGCUGAGUAUCGCAAAUGAGCUCAUGUUGGAUCGGCUCUCGCAGAUUUGCCAGAAGGUCAUUGGACGCUUCGUGACUACUCGAAAUAUAUCGACGCUCCUGAACCUCAUCAGUCCGUGUGCUGUCACCGAGUUCAAGGAUAAGGGGCUAGAGUACAUCUGCCUCCAGAUGGAGGCGAUGCUUGAGAAUCAUUUGCUUGACGACCUCGAUGAAGAUCUGCUCGUCGAGCUUGACGAGAUCGUCCGGGAUAAUCAGCUUGCUCGAUGCCCCUUUGCUCGGAGUGGACGAGCCGAGCUUCUGCUUCAUGAGCAGAAUCCCGAACUAGCUCAGGAUAUCGACGAAGAAAGACACAGACGGGUCAAGGAAAUGGCUUACAAGGCAAGUCAGAAGGACGACGACAGGAAGCUGUCAUUCUCUUUCAAGACUCGCUUUGGUAGCUUUGACGACCUAUCAGGUGCUUCCCCGACAUCAGAUAGAAACCGACGAAGAUCCAAGCCGUCGCGCAACGAACCUUUCAGCCCAAACCUUCGGCCAAAAGACUCCCACGCGGUCCUCAUCUUUGAUAUGGACGAAGAGGAGGAAUCCAGUGUCGGCAGUCCCGUGUCGCCAAGCCCACAGCCACUGCCCUCUGGCGAGCAAAGGGAUCUGGAUCGACUCCCGCAACUGCCUGGACCUUGGCGAGGUUCGAAGGGUAAAGCCACCAACGACCACGACGCAGGUGUCUCGAGCCCUCCGAUGAUAGUGUCGAGUUCCAACAAUACACCAUCGAAGUCACCUGCUGACCCACCUGGAAGACGCGUUUCACAGGGUGGCAAUCCAUGGAGCUCCUCAGCUCUACCCACAACCCGCCUUGAUCUCCGGGAGGUAUUGUCAGAAUCCAAGCCACCCCAAUCGGCCUUGUCUGCUGGAUUGGCAGCCGAAAAGAGAGAUGCUGGUGCCAAAGCUGCACCCCAGAAGAUGUCACAGAAAGAGAGAAAGAAGCACCUGCAACAACAAGCAGAGCGGGUUGCUCGACGAGACUCCAAGUCCCAGGAGAUGUCACAGACGCCGUGGACCAAAAUUAGCGAGAAGCAGGAGUCGCCAUGGCAGAAGCCAGCCGCCGUCCCGACAGCAUCGAUGAAGGACAUGUUACAUCCCGAGUCAGCCUCCAGUCGAGGAGUACCUAAUCCCAAGCCACUGGUUGCUGCCGAGACCUCUUCAAGCAGAUCUAUCCCCCGGCGGGCAGCUUCUCCUGACACAAGGUUCUCCGGUCAAAAAUCCAAUAGCACGCCUAAGGGGUCAGCCACCCCUGUCCGCUCGGAUUCUCAGCCCAUAGCCCCGCAUUCGAAAACGUACAUCAAGCGUGCGCCGAAGCCGGAGCAGGAGAUAGGACUCGCUCUAGCCGACAUAGUCGCACAACAAAAGCGCGAGCAGGAGAGCGUGAAAGAAGCAGUCGCGAAGCGCAGCCUACAGGAGAUCCAGCAGGAACAGGCCUUCCAGGAGUGGUGGGAUCAAGAAAGUCGCCGUAUGCAGGAGGAGGAAGCGAAGCGGACUACGCGCGAAGAAGGCAAGGAUAAGAAGAAAGAAGGUGGACGACGUGGCUGGAGCCACAAGCCGAAGGCGGGAAGUCAUCGUGGGGGAGGUGGCAACAGUAGUGCCGGCGGUAGUAAUAGCAACAGCACUGCGGAAGCUGCUACCACCAAUUCACGAGGCAGGGGACGAGGUGGCAGAGGUGCCAAGGCACCAUAG